UCCAAAUUUUGGAGGUAAAGAUAACGUUGAAUUACUUUUGCACAUUUCCUGUGAACAUACACUCACCAGUCACUUUAUCAGGAACUCUACCCUAAUACUAAUACCCAAAAAAAAACAUUCCCCACACCAUUAUACCAUCACCAUCAGCCUGAACUGUUGACACAAGGCAGGUAGGGUCCAUGGAUUCAUGCUGUUGAUGCUAAAUUCGGAUCUUACCAUCUGCGUGCUCCCGCAGAAAUCAAGAUUAAUCAGUCCAGACAACGUAUUUUUCAUUGUUCAACCAUCUAGUUUCUGUGAUCCUGUGCCCACUGUAGCCUCAGAUUCCUGUUGUUGGCUGACAAGAGUGCAACUUGAAAAUCAAGGUUCAGUGUGUUGUACAUUCUGAGUUGCUUUUCUGCUAACCACAGUUGUGAAGAGUGGUUAUUUAAGUUACCGUAGCCUUCCAGUCAGUUCAAACCAGUCUGCCCAUUCUUCUCUGACCUCUCUCAACAAAGUGUUUCCACCCACAGAACUGCCACUGACUGCAUGUUUUUGUUUUUCACACCAUUCUGUGUAGACUUUACAGGCCAGCCCAUCCAGCACUAACAGCCAUGCUAUGGUUCAUACUGAUCACUCCCUACCCACCCAAAAGGCCAUUACAAUUUCCCCACGUUGCUGUGUGUUUAUGUGCACCACUAGAUGUCAGUCUUCACCACAUUUUCCACAAUAGGACAUUGACCUGUUGGAUAUUAAUUUGAUCAAGUCUUUGCUGUUAUCAGUUUGAAAUUAGCAAUGGAGGAAAAAUCAUUGCACUAAGAUGUCCAUACAAAAACAUGUUCUUAUUCACUCCUCAGUAGUCUGAACAUUGAACAGCGUCUUGUAAGUAGUGGAUUCUGAGAUUCUGCACUCCAGAGUCAAAUUCACUACCAGGUCAUUUUCAUACUGUAACAUCACAUAUUUCAGCACUCACUGUACAGUAUGUGCUUUUCUCAGUAACUUAAUUUAAUCCAAUUUACAGAAUGCCUUAGUCGGUUCCUUGCUCUUUCUUAUGUACACACUUGCACACACCCUGAACAAAUAGUACAUUGAGCCCAAAUUAGUUGCAUUGUGUCAUAUGAGGAUUGAACAAAGAGCCAAACCAAAGUGACAUGUCAUUAGCGCAAUGGAGAAUAAAGAGGAGAGGAGACCUUUUGGUGUUGAAGUGAUCACCGUGGUGACCGGCGCUGUGAGGCCAGAACUUGAAUUGGGGCGGCAGAUUUCGUAGAGAAGCUGCUUACAGGCGUAGCACUUCUGAGAUGGAGCAGAUAUCAGACUAAAUUAGAAUGAAGUUUUCAAGUGAUUUUCCAAAUGGGGCUUUAGGUGCAUUGGAAAGCACGAGCUCUAACGUGAUACAGGGUAUCAUGGCAACAUAUGAUUUCGAUUACAAUAAUCAACCAGUGUGGAGAGAUCCCACUUUAUGAUGAAGGUGCAGGUGAUUCAGAUCGUGGCCAUGCAUAAGUUUUGAUCUUCUAAGGACAGAAAGAGAGAGAAAUCAGCUGUGUUGAUAUAGCAGAGACACCGUAAUAAGGAUUGCAUGAAUUUCUCAGAACUGAGAUUGAGAACUGCUGCCCUUGUCUCAUCUAUCAAUGUUUUGUUAUUCGUUUGUUGAAUAAAAAUAUAGCUGGCGUACUGUUUUCUCAAACAUUGUUUUGGAGUUAUGUUUCUUAUAGUGAUUAUACACUGAGUUGUCAGUUUAUUAGAUACAGUGCUUUGCACAAGUAUUCACCCAUUUGAAAUUAAUUGGCAUUUUUACCAUUUGAGUUACAACUUGAUUCAAGAUUGAUUGAUUUGUGUGGUUGUGGUCUGUCUGUUUUUGGGCAUAAUUCUCAUCGUUCUCCUUUGGCUUCUGUGAUUCACUGGUGGUUUAUAUAGAAUGUGAUUAUGUAUGUAUUUUUGUGACUUAUUGAUUUUUUUUUAUGCUUUCCAAGCCAUUCUAGGUAAACACAUGAAAUGGUUGUGCCUGAAAAGCCCACGACAACAGCCGUUUGGAGGCAGAUUAAACCGAAACACCUAAUCGUGCUAUGCUGAAUCACUCGGGUGACUUGUUUUGCCAAUUUCAGUGAUAAUUGAUGGCAUAAACGCUUGCCUGUCUAACUGAUAACACACACUGUUGUCACGUGAUGUACAGUUGUGAGUGGACAGUUGUGUGAAGCUAGGUGUGGUUUAAAAUAGAAUGCCCUUGUCAAUCAUAAAGUUAAAGACACACUUCAGUGCUUCCUCAUAAUGAUUGUCUUAGUCAUAGUGACCUCGUUAUCUUAGUAAAUCGUGGUGGACCAUACUAAAGUGCAGGCAUGAGCAAAGCGAAGAUGAGCAGGGACAGACGGAGCAACCAGCCUGGAUUCGGUAGAGUGACACGCAGCUCCAUCACCUCUCAGGAAUCCGCUUCAUCCUCCUCCCAGCAGAGCAAACCCUCAGACUCUGUCCUACUUGAUGACCUGAGCCUCAUGAGAGUGAGCGAACUGCAGGCCUCAUUAGCACGGAAAGGGAAGCCAUCAAAAACAGGCACUGACGUCAGUAAGAGCACAUCAGGUCGCUCAGUCCCACGGGGAGCUCUUGAGACUGUGGGCCGACUGAUGAAGCUGGGUCGCUUGCGUAAUGUGGUAGUGGUGGCUGGAGCUGGAAUCAGCACAGCCAGUGGCAUACCAGACUUUAGAACGCCAGGCACAGGCUUAUACGCCAACCUGGAAAAGUACAACGUUCCCUACCCUGAAGCCGUCUUCAAUAUCGACUACUUCUCUGAUGACCCUCGUCCUUUCUUCUCACUGGCUAAAGAGCUGUACCCUGGCAGACAUCGACCCAAUUACAUCCAUUACUUUAUCCGCAUGCUGCACCAGAAAGGUCUGCUGCUCCGCAUGUACACCCAGAACAUCGACGGCUUGGAGAAAAUGUGUGGUAUUCCUGAUGAUAAACUGGUGGAAGCUCACGGAAGUUUUGCAACCGCCUCCUGUCACUUGUGCUAUACACCGUUUCCUGCUGACGAAGCCAAGAAAGCCAUCAUGAGUGACAGCGUCCCCACAUGCACGUUCUGUUCCGCCACAGUCAAACCGAAUGUUGUGUUUUUCGGUGAGGACCUACCUGAAAAAUAUUUCCAACAUGAAACAGACUUCCCCAAAGCGGACCUGCUCAUCAUCAUGGGCACUUCUCUAAAGAUUGAGCCCUUUGCCAGCCUGGUGAACACGGUUAAGCCCAGAGUUCCACGUCUGCUGCUGAACCGACACGCAGUGGGGCCGUUUGAGCGUAAACCCCUGAGAAGAGGAGACUAUGUGGAGCUGGGAGACCUGGUGGACUUGGUCAGAAGACUCGCUGAGAUUCUGGGCUGGCACGCAGAGAUUCAACACCUGAUGAACAGCAGUGAGAAUGGGGAUUUGCAAACCAUCCCCAUGGUGAUAUCUGGUCCUCACUCAGACAGCGGACAGCAGCACAGAGCCUGCUCCUGCAGCAACAGUGAAGAGAGUGACUCGUCAGAGACGGACAGCAAGAGCACUUGAGUUAUUGAGUAACUACAGUCACGUGCUGUCCCAGACCUCUAAUAUCCACGUGAGGAAAUACACUUACUAUUCUGAUCCUGACCACGUUAUCCUUCUUUUUUUUUUUUUUUUUUUUUUUUUUUUUUUUUUUUUUUUUAUUUUAUUUUAGGUAAUAUCAUUAUGUGUGUCUUUCUUGACAUGUCAAAGGCACUUUCUUACCUCUGUGAACAUUUUAAUAGGAUAUUAAAAGACUAAUUAUUAAUAUAAAAUAUUUAAUUAUCUACAUAUGAGGAACUUUUCUGCCCUCCAUCUGUUUUAGGGUUUUAAACUUGAUGCAAUUACAAGACAGAAAGUAGGAUUUGGAUGGACAUAACCAAUGGCUUAGGCAUGUACGUGUAUGUGCGUUGGGUCAAAGUGUACUCUGUGGAACUUGGAGCAGGUCCAGCUCCGAGAGGACAGUGCUAAAUUAGCAUGGGAGGCGUGACCUCCUGAGUGUGUAGUGUCCCGCUGUGUGUGUUUUCACAGGCACUGCGGUCUCCGAGCUGGGGCCUCCCUCCAAAACUCUAAUAAAUGUCUCUGCUUGGCAACAAAGAACCAAUAUCCUGCUGCUGUGUGUGUAUGUGUGUUUGUGUGAGAAUGUGUAUUUGCUUCUUUGUGUCAGUGUGAGUAAAUGGCUGUCAAUAGGGAUGUGUGUGAGAGAAUGGUAAUUUUGCUUGCCCGUGUAUAAUUGAGAGAAAGCAAUUAUUACAUUUUGCACAGUUGAUUAAAUAAUGAUCACGAAAUCCUGAUCGUAUCUGCUCACAUCUGUUUUUGGUUCAUAUUUCAAGGUACUCACAUAAGAAGUCAGUAUCUGUUUUAAAACUUAUGUUGGAUUUGUUCUAGAGUUAAUAAGUAAAGAUGGCGUACUUAUUAACUCUAGAGCUGAACAGUUUGGGAAAAAGUUGUAUUCUGGAUUCCCAGAUGCUGCUGGGUUUUUUUUUUUUUUUUUUUUUUUU